AUGACGAUAGACGAGGAUGCUCUCCUGGAGAGAAUUCAAGACCUGGAAACGUCCUUGGCUAAUGACGACAAUUCACAUGCUGAAGAAAUCGUUGAGCUGACCCAGGAGGCUGAAAGGAAAAUGCAAGAAGCAGAAGAUACUACUCAAGUUUUGGAAAAGGAAAGGAAAGUUUUGAAGAAAAUUCAGGACAAAACCGAAGACUUGAUAAAUAAACAAGGAGAAGAAAUAGGGUAUUUAAAUGGCCUCAAUACUGCAAACAAAAGACUACAAGAACGCCUCCAUGAAUGUGCAGCCGAAAAGGAGAAAACUGGAGAGGAUAUGGAUAAAAAGAAACUUAAGUUGGAAGGCGAUCUUGAAUGUCAUGUAAACGAAAGGAGGAAUUUGAUGGAAAUGAGAUCAGCAGAUGAAGAACAGGAAAAGGAAGGUAAGCGAUUCCUUAGGAUAGUGGAUGAGGAAGUCACUAAAUUGCAGGAUCUAAUAAACAGCGCAGAAUCGGAUCUGAAAACUUUUAGACCACAGAUGAGUGAGGAGGUAGAAGGAAAGGUCUUAGCAGCCAUGGGAAAAGCCCGCCUCCUCAUUACUCAGAAGGUUGAACAGUUUCGAGGUCUAUGUCAACAAAAUAUCGAUGGUCCCAAAGGUGAAGAACCCACCAUAAUGGCUGCAGACCUAGCUGGCUUUUGGGACAUGGUAUCAAUUCAGGUGGAUAAUGUACACCACCUUUUCAAAGAGGUCAGUGUUCUGAAAACUAAGGGAUGGAAACAGGACCAAAAUGUAGAGACCACUAAUAAUGUCACCAUAAACCCAGUGAAGAGGAAACCAGCAAAGGUUGGGAAAAAAGCUGUGAAGAGUUGUCCUGAGGAACAAAAGGCACGAGACGAGGCCCGCAAGAAACUACUGGAGGAGAGACGUAGGGUGAUGAAGGAGGCAAUGAAAGCUAAACAAGCUCAGCCUGAUACAAAUGGCGUAGUAACUGAUGUAGAAAUUAUGGUGGCAGAACAAAACGUUGCCAAUUUGGAGCAUUUAGCAGUUGAAGAUAAGGAGGAAAGGACAAAGGAAGAUGAAUGUGGCAGAGUUAAUGAGAAAAUCAAGGAAGUGGGAAACCAAAAGGAAGGCCACCAGUUCUUACAAAUAGUUGAAAACAAGGUUUCUGAAUUACAAGCCCUGAUAAACAAUGCCAAAUCUGACCUGGAAACCUUCACACCACAGAUGAGUGAGGAGGUACAAGGAAAGGUCCUCGCAGCAAUGGGAAAGGCACGCCUCCUUAUCUCACAGAAGAUAGAGCAGUUCAGAGGCCUGUGUCAACAAAACAUUGAUGGGCCUAAAGGUGAAGAACCUGCUAUACUAGCUGAAGAUCUGGCGGGCUUUUGGGACAUGGUAUCCAUUCAGGUGGAUAAUGUUCACCAGCUUUUCAAAGAAGUUAGUGUUCUUAAAGCCAAUGGAUGGAAAGAGAACCCAAAUAAACAGAACACUAAUAAUGUCACCAAAGGUCCUGUGAAGAGGGAACCAGUAAAAGUUAUGAAAAAAGCUACGAAGAUUUGCUCCGAGGAACAAAAGGCACGAGAUGAGGCCCGCAGGAAACUACUGGAGGAAAGACGGCGGGCAAUGAAAGAGGCACUGAAAGCUAAACAAGCUCAGCCUGAUGCAAAUGGCAUAGUAGAUGAUGUGGAAAUUAUGUUGGCAGAACAAAACAUCGCCCAUUUGCAAGAUUUAGCAGGUGAAGAUAAGGAGAAAAGGACAAAGGGAGAUGAAGGUGGCGCAGUUAAUGAGAAAACAAAGGAAGUAGAAAAACAAAAGGAAGGCCACCAAUUCUUACAAAUAGUUGAAAACGAGGUUUCUGGAUUACAAGCCUGA